AUGGUGCAGAUCGUCAUCUCCAGGGCCCCGGCGCAGUGGGUGCUGCUGGAGCUGCAGGGUGAGGUGGAGCCCCGGCAGAGCGGGGAUCUGGCCGGGAGYCUGCUGGGAGACCUGCACUACACCCGUGAGGGUGUCCCCGUGCUCAUCGUGGGCCAUCACAUCCUCUAYGGGAAGGUGGUGCAGCUGGAGAAGCCGUUUGCUGUGCUGGUGAAGGAGGGAGGAGCCCCCCAGCCCAGCCCUGGGGGGCCCUGCASCCGCUACGCCGUCACUGCCCUCAUCAAAACCAAACUGCUCUUCAAAACCCGCCCCAAACCCAUCAUCACCCAYGUGCCCAAGAAGGUGUGAGGGCAAGGGUGGGGGCUGUGAACUGGGAUCUGCUGCUGGAAAGAGAUCCAGGGCCUCAUYCCUGUCCUGCACAGGGAGCUCUGGGGCUGCUGGGUCCAGUGCUGGGCACCCAGAGCCCUUCCUGGGUCAUUUGUCCCCCCUAAAAUGACUCUUUGAGGAGUGACCAAGGUCUGGAUCACAGGACCAGGGUCACCCCUGGGGCCUUGGCUCCUGGAAGGCAGGGAUGUCCCACCCCAGGGACUGCCACAGUGUCCAGCAGGUCCCAGGAAUCCAUGAAGGUGCCACUGUGGAGAUGUCUCCUCUCUGCUCCCU